GGUAAGCAGGUAAAGGUGUUCCGCUCCGUCGGGCUCACGACUCAGGGAAGCAUAUCGAUGUUCUGUUUUUGAGGCUUUUGUGUCUUCGUUUUAGAGCUGAUUGCACGUAAGUGGCUAAACAUAUAAACCCAAGUGUUAGGCGUGAAUAUAAUGAUAAAGCAUUUUGUUUGGGGUAAACUAUGUAUCUACACAAACCCAUUUAAAGAAGCGAGAAAAUGGUGAAACAAGAGUCAGAGUCAGCCAAUCGGCCAGACAACACCGCCUUCACCCAGCAAAGGCUUCCGGCAUGGCAGCCUAUACUUUCUGCUGGAAUUGUAAUCCCAGGAUUUGUCCUCAUUGGGCUGGCCUUCAUCGGCAUUGGAGUCGCUCUCUUUGUCACUUCCAGGAGCAUCCAGGUGUUAGAGUUGGACUACACUGGGGAUAGCAACGGAUCACCAUGUUCUAGCUGCUCCCAGUCAGUUGUAACAAACUGCAAGUGCUCACUGAACUUCACCCUCACUACCCUGUUUCAGGGUCCUGUGUUCUUUUAUUACGGAUUGUCAAACUACUUCCAAAACUACAGAAGAUAUGGGGCAUCCAAAGACGAUAACCAGCUAUAUGGAGACCUGAGUUACUUUACAAGCCCCAGUAGUUCCUGUUCCCCCUAUGACUACGACAGCAGCAAAAAACCAAUUGUGCCAUGCGGAUCAAUAGCAAACAGCAUGUUCAAUGACACUUUCACGCUGACUUGGACCGUCAAUGGGACAACAAAUAACGUGCCCUUGGAUGGAAAAGGAAUAGCGUGGUGGACAGACUACAACAUCAAAUACAGAAAUCCAAGCGUUACACCUCUGAAGAAUGCCUUCAAUGGUACCGUGAAACCCAUAAAUUGGGCCAAGCCUGCUUAUGAGUUGGACGCAUCAGACCCUAGUAACAACGGGUUUGUGAAUCAAGAUUUCCUGGUGUGGAUGAGGAGGGCAGCACUGCCAAAUUUCAGAAAGCUGUAUCGACGAAUCGAUGCAAGCGGAGAUUAUCAAAAGGGUCUCCCAGCUGGAAACUACACGAUUGACAUCGCCUACAACUAUCCUGUUCGGGCUUUUAAUGGGGCGAAGAAGAUUGUGUUCAGCAAUGUGUCCUGGAUGGGUGGAAGGAAUGAAUUCCUCGGCAUUGCCUACCUCGUGAUUGGUUCCCUGUGUGUCGUGAUGUCCAUAGUUAUGCUCAUCGUCUAUGCUAAAUUCAAGUUCCCCGAUGAGGAAUGAGCAUCCUGUCAUGGACUUCAGCGGAUGUAUCGACUCGAUCGACGUUUUCAAUUAUCCUUUCCGUCUUUUUGGCCUUCAUUCGAUGAGGUGAUCAAGGUGCGGUUUAGUCCUCAUGUGAAAUGCUCAAAUUACGUAUUUUAUCCUGGGUAUGAAGAUUUAUCUUCGGAGGUGCAGACAAAGUCUGUUUUUAACUUUCAAAGGACUUGAUGCUGAUGUUACUGUAUUGAUUCCAUGCAACUAGUGAGCUAGCAUAAUUUAUUUUAUUUUUUUUUAAAAUGUUGGUAUAUAUAGUUUUCCACCGGCACAUCUGUAAACUAAUCCUUUACUUGUCUAGCCAACAAAUAGUCAUUGCCAGCAGACCUCUUAAAAACAUGCUUUUGUCAUCAAAAACUGAGCUGCAUUCUCACUUUAACUCAGUAACAAUAUUAAAGCCAUAAAUCAUUGAAAAGCUAUUUAAUCUGUGGGGUGUGUAAUAGAAGUUGCAAAUGUUGCUGUUACUCAGGGAUGCGGUGUAUAGGCUAAGCCCCUAAUUAUAUUUUCUCUUAACUUGUUCCAGUUUGAACUGUUUACUCUUUGAAACUCAUGCUUUACUUUAUCUUGGUAUUUAUUUAAAUAAACAUGACCAGAACGA